CCUUUUUCAACAAAAGUACUCAAUUUUCUCAACAUGGGAUGUGAUGGUGGAACUAUCCCUCGUCGUGAUGAGUUAGUGCGCCUUAAGAAGAAACCAGAACAGAAAGAUAAAGACGCAGAAAGGCAAUUCCGAUGGAAACAUUGUGCAUUAACACAGUUGCGGCUGCAGCAGCCUAUCGUUAUGUGCAGGCUAGGCAGACUGUACUCCAAGCAAAAUGUGAUUGAAGCACUGCUGGAUAAGGAGAAGAUGACCGAGGCUUGCGCGCACAUCAAAUCGCUGAAAGAUAUCAAGAACUUGAAUCUAACUGCUAACCCGGCGUAUGACGAAACAAAGGACGACAAGAGCUCUCCAUACAUAUGUGCCCUGAUCGGUCUUGAAAUGAGCGGACAGUUUCGAUUCGUUGCACUGUGGACGUGCGGAUGUGUGUUUUCGGAAAGAGCACUGAAGGAAGUCAAAGAAAAAGUUUGUUCCGUGUGCCAGACACCAUACAGUGAUGACGAUAUUGUAAUCCUCAAUGGUACGGAGGAUGAAGUUGAGCAAAUGCGCGUUAAAAUGGAGGCACGGAUAGCUCAUGCCCGGUCAGAAAAGAAAUCCAAAUCGGACAAAAAGUCUAAAUCAACAGCAGCUACAGCAACCAUCACAUCUACAGCUGCUGCCGAAUCUAAGAGCGCACCAACAGCAACGGCAUCCAGUUCAACUAUUGUUGCAGAAUCCGUUGAUACCGCCAAUGCGAGUGCUGUGGAUAAAAACAUGUUGGCACCUUCCACGGCAAAGGUAAGCGGUGAGGGUAGCAGCAAAGGCAAUGGCAGUAAGCAAAUGGUUCCAAAUAAGCGGGCUCUUAUAAGCGACAAGAUAGGCGUUGAUCCUGUUUUUAAGAAAUCGAAGGAUGAUUACAGUGUCGCUAAAGAUCCAAAAGCAUCAGCCGUUUACAAAUCCAUCUUUACAUCACACGAAAGCGAAAAGGACCAAAAGCGUGCUCACUGGGUCACGUACAACCCGUUCUACAAUUGAACGUGUGG